AUGAGUUCACCAUUCCGACGUUCGGACCACUCCAGGUCGAGUCCGGUCCGCAACCGCAUCAAUGGCCUCCAUCGCUCGCGCACGCAUAGCCACAGCACGCAUGAGAUCGAUGGAUACUGCGAGGAGAUGAGUCGCCUGCACAUCGACACCGAGAAGUCGUAUCAGAAACUGUUGGACGAGCGAGCGCGCGAACAGAAGCAGAAGCACCUCGAAGGGUUGGACAGGGCGCUGGAGAAGCAUGAGCUGGUGCAAAAAAGCGCACGAGAGUGUGUGGAGCGAAUCCAGCUGGAACAACAGCAGAAGCGACUUCGCCAGCAACAGGAAGAACACCGCAAGCUCGAAGAGGAGAGGCGCAAGCUUGAAGAAACGCAAAGAAAGAUUGCUGAAGAGGAGGAAAAGCGGAAAGAGGCUGAGCGGAAGAAAGAAGAAGAACGCCAGGCGGCAUUGAAGCGCCAGCAAGAGGAAGAGGCUGCGCGCAAAGCUGCCGAGCAAAAGAAGAAAGACGCUGAGGAGGCGCGACUGAAGGCUGAGAGAGAAAAGGCUGCGGCUGAAAAGGAGGCAAAGGAUAAGGCAUCCGCCGAGCAAGCAGCUCAGGCCCAGCAGCAGCAAGGACAGUCUCAGCAACCUCAGCAGUCCCAACAAGCCCAACAACCUCAGCAGUCUCGAGCCCAGCCUGGAUCAACAACUGUCAACGGAACACCAGCCCAGCCGGCAGCCAGCUCUGUCAGCUCAAACGUCGACGAGCGCCAGAGAGUCCACGAAGAGUAUCUGGCGAUCCACCAGCGCCUCAAAGUCCUUCGCACGAAUAUACAGACAGCAAUGAAGGCCAACCAGCAGUUCAAGAUAUCGGUGGAGAAUGUGGAGGGUGAAAUCAGAAAGAACAUUGGUCAGAUCAACAGAAUCAACAAGAAGGGGAACAAGGACAAGAUCCAAAAUGUCAUGUACCAUAUUGACCAGUCUUUGGCAAUCAAACAGACGACGGACAUCACGCAGUUCAUGUACAAUCCGACACCGGUUCAGCCCAUCGAGGGACCCGUGAUCCUGGUCUACAUGCUUCACAUCUUCUGCAAGUUCAUAAUCCGGCAGAUGGACGCAGAAGUUGGAUCAUUGUCCACCGAGAAAGGCGACGCCGCGGACGCUUUGGGCAUUGCGGUGGCCUUGGUCUUCUCCAACCCCAAAUACCUGAUCGAUGGCCGGCCACUCAUUGACAUCAUGUGGGCACCCUAUCACCGCAACUGUCCUCGCCUCUUCGGAGUGCCACUACGCAGUCUACCAAAACACGUCAAGAACUUCGGCGCACUCGCGGCUGGAUUCGCAGCGAUCACGCUCCGACAGUUCCCAACAGGCAGAGUCAAUCCCGCCCCCAACCGCAUCUUCUGGGAAACCGUGGCACGUAUAGUCAACGUCCCACGCGAAGACCUGAAGAAGGACCACCUCACGAUGCUCGAGUGGAUGCUGCAACCGACUUUCGUCAGCAAAUUCAUCCAAAUUUACGGCAACGCAGGACUGGUGGCCACCCGCUUCAUCAUCAUGGACCUCGCCCCCGCCGCCCGAAACAACCCCAAGUUACGCGUCGAAGCAACAGGCAACGAUGGGAAGGGUCAUAACGGCAAGGCUCCGGCCACGCACGCACCCACGGCACCCAGGGCUAUGAAUCCUCCGAACCGUGGUGGUGGUGUUUUCGCGAACGAGAAUCGUCCGUCGAAUCCUUUGAUUGAGAGGAAUACGGGGGUUGGACUGGGUAUCCAGACGCCGGCUCAAUCUCUUGCUGCGUCGGCGUGGGCUCGGUCGUCGAACAAUGAUCAACCGGACAACAGUCCAAGGACAAACCAGCCCACUGGGCCUCGCAGUAACGGUACUGGUGGCGUGACGAGGGUCAACGGAUCAAGCAUGACAUGGCAUCGAGGUGGGAGCAACUUGAAUGAUGCGAGGGUACCUCAGGCCCCGAAUGCUACAACCAUCAGGACUGGCUUGCAAAGCAAUUGGUACAGGUAG